AUGGAGGGCCGUCUGCACAGGCUGCUUCUCGCCUGUCUGCUGUUUUGUCAGUGGAUUUCUGCGAGGCCCCUUUCCGAUGCUUCCUUCGUCGACGGCUCGGAUGAGUCGCCGAGCAUCGGUCUGUCGUUUCUCCCAGGACCCCGUCACGAAGGGGACGUUUUUACGACGGGAGCCAAGCCCAUCCCGGCGGGCCAAGCGGACGGCGACGAGCUCGACCAUGGUCCAAGCUACGUCUCCACGACCGAGAGCUUCGAAGUCGCCAGCCGCUUCGCCUUGAUGGCAAACGCGCUCGGAAAGAGAAGGAUUGAAGACGCGUCCACGGAGCCCCUUGUCCGAGAGGGCAACUCUCCUGCGGAAGCCUCCGGGGGGUCGUCUGCCUCCCAAAAUGAUGGCAAUGCCACGGCAAUCCCCGCGACCGCCUCCGACGCCGCUCGCGUCUUCCUCACGAAGCCCGACGGGAGGUAUAUUUAUGUCGGCAACAGCGACAAAUUUGGUCGGGGCGGUGAACUUGCCGCCUUGCACGGCAUCCCGCACGAUCGAAUCAUCGGUGUCGUGUAUCUGGAUGAUCCCGAACUGAAGAUAACCUUCAACCCGCAUUACAACCACGCCUACGACAGCCAGGUGGCUGGAGGCGACGACUCGGAAUUGGUCGUUGAGCUGCAACCUGACCCAGUGUCCGGCCUUCAACAUGGGCCGCUUGACAAGGUAACCCCGGAAUCAAAGAACAAGGCCACGAAGAGGACGCUUUCGGCCCUGAACAUCGUGCAGGCGGCCGAGUUGGAAGCCGCUCGACUACGACAGGAAUCCGUCAGCAACCCAAAGCAAACCCCUCCGUGGGAGAACGGACUGCAUCUGUACUCUUUUCUGGCCAACUACGGGCACUACCUAAACCCCAGGAACAAUGAGAACACGGUGCAAGACGGACUCGGGGGAAAUGUUCAACUGGAUGGAGUACAAGAAACAACCCAGCAAGCACACGAACCAGUCGAAGAAGAGCAGGAAACAACCGAGGAAGAGGAAGAAGCAGUCGAGGGUGAGGAAGAAGCUACCGAGGAUGAGGAAGAAGCAGCCGAGGGUGAGGAAGAAGCUACCGAGGAUGAGGAAGAAGCAGCCGAGGAUGAGGAAGAAGCAGUCGAGGAAGAGGAAGAAGCAGUCAAGAAAGAGGACGAGCCAGCCAAGAAAGCGGAAGAAGCAGCCAAGAAAGAGGAAGAACCAGCAAAGAAAGAGGAAGAAGCAGUCAAGAAAGAGGAAGAACCAGCCAAGAAAGAGGAAGAACCAGCCAAGAGAGAGGAAGAAACAGUCGAGAGAGAGCAAAAUGCUGCUGAAACUGGAGCUGACAAACACAAACCAUCUGGACAUGUAGCAGCCGAACACGAAACACACGGACAAGACGUGGACGGCCAUGGGGCAGCUGGACCAGGAAAACAAACCGCCGCCCAUGGACAAAAGACAGGCGAAAGAGCCCCCCCAGCAACGGCCGAGCAAGGAACAGGAGCAGCGAGUCCACAUGCACCAACACCAAACGGACGAGUAGCCCCAGGUACAGGCCGGAGACCAGCAAGCAGUGGAUGGAGACUAGGAAGAGGCCGAGGGAAAUGGAGAGGCAAACGAGAACUCGGCCCAACGAGCGGACCACGAUCACUACUGACGAAGCGACAAAAUCCAUCAAUUGUUGAGCGGGGAUUGCUAGCCACGGGCAUGCGAAUGGCAGCACGCACCGGAGGGAGACUAGCAAUGUCGGGUGUACGAAAAGUGGCAUCAUCAGGCCGGGGACGGAGACUUCUACUCAAAGGUGGGAAGAAAUUGAUCACAUCGAAACGGGGACGGAGAAUACUAGCAGCGGGCGCACGAAGAGCAGGAAGGAUGAUGGUAAGCAGCGGGAAAAAGUUGGCAAAAGGCGCAUGGAACCUAAUAAAAGCAGCCGGCAGCAAGGUGGCAUCGGCCGGACGGAAUUUGUUCACAUCGGGAAAAACGAAGCGAUGGACAGGCGGAAUGGGUCACGCAUCGGGAAAACAACAAGGAACGGGCAAAAAGGGCCAAGCAUCAGAACCUCAAAAGGGCAGAGGAUGGGUUCCACGCGGACGCGGACAAGGCGGACGCUAA